UUCAAGGCCGGCUCUAAGCGCACCGGCCAGGAAAGGACUUUGGGAAAGGGGCCUUAAGGGACUAGACGAGGAAGAAGCCUAGGCCAGGUGGGCCGGCCAGGCGCCCCUGCCACCAUGCAGGACGGUAACUUCCUCCUGUCGGCCCUACAGCCUGAGACUGGUGUGUGCUCCCUGGCUCUGCCCUCGGACCUGCAGCUGGAUCGCCGAAGCGCCGAGGGACCGGAGGCUGAUCGGUUGCGGGCGGCUCGAGUUCAAGAACAAGUCCGAGCCCGCCUCCUGCAGCUGGGCCAGCAGCCAAGGCACAAUGGGGCAGCAGAGUCCGAAGGCGCCACGGAGACCAUCAGAGGUACAUCCAGGGGUCAGUACCAUACUCUUCAGACUGGCUUCAGCUCUCGAUCUCAAGGCCUGAAUGGGGAUAAGACCUCGACCUUCCGACCUGUGGCCAAGCCAGCCUACAAUCCAGCCUCCUGGUCCUCCCGCUCUGCUGUGGACCUGAGCUGCAGUCGAAGGCUGAGCUCCACCCACAAUGGAGGCAGUGCCUUUGGGGCUGUGGUGGGGUAUGGGGGUGCCCAGCCUACCCCACCCAUGUCCAACCGACCAGUGUCCUUCCAUGAGCGUGGUGGGGUGGCCAGCCGGGCUGACUAUGACACGCUGUCCCUGCGCUCACUGAGGCUGGGACCUGGGGGCCUGGACGACCGCUACAGCGUAGUGUCAGAGCAGCUGGAGCCUGCAGCCCCUUCCACCUAUAGAUCCUUUGCUUACGAACGCCAGGCCAGCUCCAGCUCCAGCCGGGCAGGGGUCCUGGACUGGCCAGAGACCACUGAGGGCCCCCCUAGCCGAACUAUCCGUGCACCUGCCAUGAGGACCCUACAGCGGUUUCAGAGCAGCCACCGGAGCCGUGGGGGCCCUGGGUCAGUAUCAGGGACUGGCCUGGAGCCCGUGGCCCGAGCCCCAUCUGUACGUAGCCUCAGUCUCAGCCUGGCAGAUUCAGGCCACCUACCUGAUGUGCGAGGGCUAGACAGCUAUGCAGGCCACCGCACUCUGCAGAGGCUCAGCAGCGGCUUUGAUGACAUAGACCUGCCCUCAGCAGUCAAGUACCUCAUGGCCUCAGACCCCAACCUUCAGGUGCUAGGAGCAGCCUACAUCCAACACAGGUGCUACAGCGACGCGGCAGCCAAGAAACAGGCUCGCAGCCUUCAGGCGGUACCCAGGCUGGUGAAGCUCUUCAACCAUGCCAACCAGGAGGUGCAGCGCCACGCCACAGGUGCCAUGCGCAACCUCAUCUAUGAUAACGCAGACAACAAGCUGGCUCUGGUGGAAGAGAAUGGGAUCUUCGAGCUGUUGCGGACACUACGGGAACAGGAUGACGAACUGCGCAAGAACGUCACAGGGAUCCUAUGGAAUCUGUCCUCCAGUGAUCACUUGAAGGACCGCCUGGCCCGCGACACACUGGAGCAGCUCACAGACCUGGUGCUGAGCCCCCUAUCAGGGGCAGGGGGACCUCCCCUUCUCCAGCAGAAUGCCUCUGAGGCGGAGAUCUUCUACAACGUUACUGGCUUUCUCAGGAACCUCAGCUCAGCCUCCCAGGCCACUCGCCAGAAGAUGCGCGAGUGCCAUGGGCUAGUGGAUGCUCUGGUCACCUACAUCAACCAUGCCCUGGACGUGGGCAAGUGCGAGGACAAGAGCGUGGAAAACGCCGUGUGUGUGUUAAGGAACUUGUCCUACCGCCUGUACGACGAGAUGCCGCCAUCCGCGCUACAGCGGCUUGAGGGCCGGGGCCGCAGGGACCUGACCGGGGCACCGCCUGGGGAAGUGGUGGGCUGUUUCACACCGCAGAGCCGAAGGCUGCGUGAGUUGCCUCUGACAGCCGACGCACUCACCUUUGCGGAGGUAUCCAAGGACCCCAAGGGUCUCGAGUGGCUGUGGAGCCCCCAGAUUGUGGGGCUCUACAACCGGCUGCUGCAGCGCUGUGAGCUGAACCGGCACACUACAGAGGCAGCCGCCGGCGCUCUGCAGAACAUCACCGCGGGCGACCGCAGGUGGGCAGGGGUGCUAAGCCGCCUGGCCCUGGAGCAGGAGCGCAUCCUGAACCCCCUGCUAGACCGUGUUCGCACUGCUGACCACAACCAGCUGCGCUCGCUGACUGGCCUCAUCCGAAACCUGUCACGCAAUGCUAGGAACAAGGAUGAGAUGUCCACCAAAGUGGUGAGCCACCUGAUCGAGAAGCUCCCUGGCAGCGUGGGUGAGAAGUGUCCCCCGGCUGAGGUGUUGGUCAACAUCAUAGCUGUGCUCAACAACUUGGUGGUGGCCAGUCCCAUUGCCGCUCGGGACCUGCUCUACUUUGAUGGGCUCCGAAAGCUGAUCUUCAUCAAAAAGAAGAGAGACGGUCCUGACAGUGAGAAGUCCUCCCGAGCAGCCUCCAGCCUCUUGGCAAACCUCUGGCAGUACAGCAAGCUUCACCGUGACUUCCGGGCGAAGGGCUAUCGGAAGGAGGAUUUCCUGGGCCCGUAGGCGAGGCCUCCUGGAGAAGGUGGAAUGGUUCGGCUUCUGAGAGAUAGGCUCAGCUCCGGCUGCUCGACAGCCCAUGGAGGAGCAGAUGGCCAUGAGACCUCUCCCCAGAGCCCUCUGUGCACUGCUGAAGAAGCCAGGGCCCGUGGGAGGGGACAGGGGCUUGCGGCUGGGGAUUGGCUUCUGCAGGGCAGGGGAUGGGGCAGGGUUUGAGCUGCUCUGGUGCAUGGGGUGGUGACCCAGUCACAAUGGCAAA